AUGAAUAUCUUCAGGCUGGCGGGGGACAUGACUCAUCUGAUGAGCAUCGUGGUCCUGCUGCUCAAGAUCAGAGCCACCAAGUCAUGCCGAGGCAUAUCCCUGAGGACCCAGGAAAUGUACCUCCUCGUGUUCCUGUGUCGCUACCUGGACCUCUUCUACUCCUUCGUCUCCCUAUACAACACGGUGAUGAAGCUCAUCUUCCUGGCCUCCUCGGCGGCCAUUGUGUACUACAUGCGGUAUGACCGGGUGGUCAAGCAGACGUAUGAUCGGCGCCAGGACACCUUCCGCUACCUCUUCCUCAUCGUGCCGUGCCUGAUCCUUGCCCUGCUCAUCAACCACGCCUUCACGCUCACAGAGAUCUUGUGGACCUUCUCCAUCUACCUGGAGGCCGUAGCAAUCCUGCCCCAGUUGGUGCUGAUGCAACGAACCCAGAACAUUGACAACCUGACCGGAAACUAUGUGCUACUGCUCGGGACAUACCGGGGCCUAUACAUCCUCAACUGGAUCUUCCGGUUCUUCACAGAACCACACUACCGUCAGUGGCUGGUAUGGAUAAGCGGGCUGCUGCAAACGGCGCUGUAUGGUGACUUCUUCUAUUAUUAUUUCAAGUGCUGGAAGAGCAAUAAGAAGCUCACACUCCCUGCAUGA